UUCCUGGAUCCGCAGGCCGUGACCAGCGGGGCCGGGCGCGGCCUCCGGGAGGCUCCCCGCUGUGCACCGCGGAAUCCCUGCGGUAGGGGCCGCGGGCCUCGGCGACGGACGAGGCGAUGAGCCGCAUCUACGACGACAGCGCGCUCCGGAACCGGGCGGUGCGGGGCGCGCGGCUGCCGGGCGCCUGGGACCCCGCCGCCCACCAGGGUGGCCCCGGCGUCCUGCUGGAGGGACACCUGGCCGAAGUUUCCCGGCACAGCAUCUCUGAUGCCCAGGGCAGGAAGGAACGCUACUAUGUACUAUACAUCAGGCCCAGUCGCAUCCACCGCCGGAAAUUUGAUGCCAAGGGAAAUGAAAUCGAGCCCAACUUCAGUGACACCAGGAAGGUGAACACUGGCUUCCUCCCAUCCUCCUACAAGGUGGAGGCCAAGGGGGACACAGACAGGCUCACGCCGGAGGCCCUGCAGGAGCUGGUGAACAAGCCAGAGCUGCUGGCCCUGACAGCCAGCCUCACCCCCGAGCACACGGUGGCCUUCUGGAUGCCUGAGUCAGAGAUGGAGGCCAUGGAGCUGGAGCUGGGGACCGGGGUACGGCUGAAAACUCGGGGCAAUGGCCCCUUCCUAGAGUCGAUAGCCAAGCUGGAGGCUGGAACAGUGACCAAGUGUAAUUUUGCUGGUGAUGCAAAGACAGGGGCGUCCUGGACAGACAACAUCAUGGCUCAGAAAUCUUCUGAGGGGACCCCUGAGAUCCGCGAGCAGGGAGACGGGGCAGAGGAUGAGGAGUGGGACGACUGAUAUUCAUGGGCCAUGGAUGCCUUCCAGGUCCAGCCUGCACUUCCUGUGGAACCUUCGAGAAUUGGCCCCCUCCACUUCCACCCUGGAGCUGAAGGGAGCAGCCAGCCAGCCAGGCUCUACCUGCUUCUCCUGAUGCUGCCUCUGAGUUAGCCUUUAAACAAGCUCUGCUGAAAUCAAAUCCAAGAUCAGGACAUUGGUGGAGGGAUCCCGGGCUGUGGCCUGUAUGGUGGAAGGGCUGGGGGUGGAGAGGGUCCCUGCCUGAUGCCAGCGGUGCUGGGGAUCAAAGCCAGGGCUUCACGUGUGCUAGGCAAGUGCUCUGCCACCAAGCUGCACCCCUAGUUCUGGGACACAUUUUUGAUUCUACCGUUUUUUUUUGCUCAUUGUUUUGUACUUUGAGAACUUUCUACCAAUGAAUAAAUCUUCAAGAAAGAA